AUGGAGGCGAAUUGUGACGACGACUAUUUUAUCAUUCCAUCGGUAUGUACUUACCGUGAUUUUUUAGAAGAUUCAUUUAAUGAUUCUCUUGGUGAUAAGUUUUUUGAAAAAAUGAGGCAGGAAAUGAAAGAAAAUGAUUUAAAAAAGCAGAAGGAUGUAUCAUCAUUUAACAACAAACCGUCUGUAAUGAAGACAAAUAACACUGAGAAGGAAAAUGUUGGCGAAGUAUUUGCCAAACGAGAAAAUUCCUCAUCAAAAAUUAUUACUAAGCAAUCAGUACCUGGUUCAGCAAGACUUCUAUCUGCAUUUGCCAAAACAUCUUUGAAAUCUGAAGUAACCAAAACUAAAGUUGAAUUACCCUCAAGAAGAAGUGCUCGAUUAGCUCAACCAUAUAUUGAAGAAAGUAAAACCGAUAACAAACAACUACCACAACCAAUAUUACCCACUAUGCAAACAAGAGGACGUAGUCUGGGUCCAUCUAUCAACAAAAUAAAUUCAAUUGGGAAUAAUGAUUUAAGAUCAACUAAUAGAAGAAUUUCAAGUUUACUGCCUAGUAAUGCCGUACCAACGAAACCUGUAAAUGUUGCAGUUGCUCCAAAAAUGCCUGCACUUACAGCACGAGCAAAACGGGCUACUAGUGAACCACCAAAACCGGAUAGGUCAUCGAGAACUGUCUACAAUCUUCGACAAAAUGUCCAGAAACCCGACAAAUAUGAACCACCAACUAUCCACAGAGCACCAUCAAGCAUCAGACGUUCUGUUUCUAGAGAGCCUAUCUGUCUUUCACAAAGACGAGCUAACUCAGUUGGUCCAAGUGAUAGACGUCCUCUUCUUCCUAGUCAAAUUAUAGCUCCCUCACCAUCAAAUACUAAUUCAACUCCGAAAAAAGUUGGAGUUGUAACCAAGGAAAGGAUUAUGGCCAUGGUUGAAAGAUUAUCUCAACCUAAAAAAAAACCAAUCUUGCCAACCAUUAAUUAUUAG